AACUGUCAAGCUUAUCGAACGUUUUCGUUGGACCGUUUCGUAUCGGCAGCAGCAGUCGGAUGUGUUAUGAAAUUUACGAGUAUUGUUGUUCUUUGCAUCGGCAUUACACUAUUCAAAUAAGAAUGAAUUUGAUGCUAUUUUUUGUUAAUAUAUAAGUAUGUCCAUUCUGACCUGCGGUUGUGUUGUGCUGUGAAAACGUGUGCAGUGCUAUUACAAUGACCGAGAAAAAUAAAUCAGAGAAGAUGACUAACGCAUCGAAACCUGUUCCCAUGAAACUUUUUGCAGCCUGGGAAGUAGACAGAACCCCUUCCAAUUGCAUUCCAAGGUUAUGUACGCUUCGGGUAACGCGGCUGCGCGUCUGUGGAGCGCUUGGCGAUGCCGGCGGCGGCGCCGCUGGCGGGGCUGGUGCGGGCGCCGUCAUCCUCGCGGCACGCAUGCACAGCAGCAAGCGCACGUUGCGUUCCAACGACAUCACCAUACCGCCGAUGGACGUCGAACUGGACCUCUGCUUUUCGCUUCAGUACCCACAUUUCGUGAAACGGGACGGUAACAGAUUGCAAAUCAUGCUACAGAGGCGUAAGAAAUACAAAAACCGUACUAUCCUUGGAUAUAAAACUCUGGCUGAAGGUGUCAUCCGAAUGGAUCAAGUUCUCCAACGUUCGAUGGAUAUGGAAUUAGAACUGAUCGGGGUAGGUGGGAAAGUGGGUGCAGCCGCAGGGCAGCCGGUAGCGAAGCUGUCGAUCACCGGCUUGGCUUCGACGCCAGUCGAUCACGACACGAAGAACAACAAUACACUGCUUAUAACCGAGCGAGGCUACUCUGACGAGGAAGAAGAGGGCGAAUUCAGUUCAGUAGAAGAAGCAGAUGACAUGACGUAUGGAGCACCAGCCCGACGACGCACACAUCGGCAACUAGCUUUUAACAAGGCGGACCUUUCUUAUACAAAGUUGUCGCGUUCCCGCGACAUAAGCUUCAUGGAGCGAGAAAGGAAAAGGCAAAGCUAUAUAAGUUCAAAGGCGCACGAGAGGGACAGCGAUAGUGAGCUCGAGCACGCGUCAGCCAAGCGCAAGGGCAGCCGCGGGAAGCUCGCGGUGAGCCCGCACGCGUCCGCACCUAGCUUGCAUUGCCAACGUAACUUGAAGCAGAAGUUCGCUGCGUUGCUGCGUCGCUUCCGUGUACCGGAGGAAUUAUCGGAGCGUGGGGCGGCGCGCGACACACACAAUGCCCAGCGCGACAUCGACGAGCUAUUCCAAGAACUAGAAUCACUCUCGUGCGGUGAGGGUGAAGAUUCCGGACCUGAUCAGAUGGACACUAUCAGCAUCGGUUCGACGCCCAAGCCGUCUCUUCGGCCGUUCUUCAGCAGCUCCCGGAGCCUCGCCAACCCGGAACACCACAGGCAUUCCAAUGUGACGCGACACGCGAGCCUCGCGUCCGCCGCCGAGCUGAGCGCAGUGCGAGAACGGAACGUCGCUACCGUCCCGUUCGCAGAAUCGGAGGCGAUCCGCAGCUCCGCGGGCGACGAGCGCGCCAGCGACGGCAACAGCGACGGUGACGUCACUGUCGAAGCCCCAGUCUCCGGGGCUAGCGUGUCCAGCUCGCCGCCCAACGAGACUAAGGAGGAUAAGAGAUCUAGGUUGUUCCGGAGUGCGACCAGCGGUAGCAACCUGACCCCGGCCACAGCGGGGCGCAAGAAGAACUCCCUCGUCAGUGGAAUGGACCGACCUCUGUCCGCACACGAGUUGCCGGUACACAGCCCAACUACACUCGAGCCACGUCGGACGAUGAUGGAGCAGAUCUCCCGGCUCCUGGCGGAGGACGGUCCGGCCCCGGAGUGCGUGGCGGUGGUGGGGGCGGGCGGCGUGGCCACCGCACUGCACGCGCUGGCCGUGCCCACCGUGGUGGUGCCGUGGCCGCAUGCGCCCGACGUCAGGCCGCUGCUGCAAGCUUUGUAUUCCAGACCCGUCAAACAGAGCUCGCGUCGCUCGUGGAUGCGCGUGGCGGUGUGCGGCGGCGACGCGGCGUGCGCGAGCGCGCUGCGGGCGCACUGCGAGCUGGCGGCGCGGCGCCCGCACGACGCGCCGCCCGUGCGCUUCUACAUCAUACCCACAGGUGCAAACACGGUGUCACGUUAUCUGUCUGCGAACGAUUCCGGAUACGCGGCGCUGUUCUCGAGCGACUCGUGGCCGGCGCUGUGCGAGCGCGCCGCCGAGAUGUCGCCCCCGGACAUCACCGAGAUGUCUUCCAGGAUCGCCAGGUAUCUAAACAGCAUCGGUCCAGUCGUUAAUAUACCCAUAGGUGAGGCUAUGGUUGCCUACAGAGAUAAAUCAGGAGACGAGGACGCUAGUCAAACGUUCGUUCCGUUCAUAGCAGAGGUGCGAAUAGGUUGCAGCGAGGGUGGCGUGUCGUCCCUGGAGCUGGAGGAGGGCGGGUCUCCCCCCGCUCGGCCCUCGCCCCCCGGCACGCCCGCCCCGCACGUCGACCUCGCUCCCGCCCUGCACCGCGCCGAGCCGCUCGACAUACAGCUCGACUACUGGCUGGUACCAGGUCGGCAGCAAGAAGGAACAGACAGUAAGGUGACAGUGAAGGCGUCGUUCAGAGCCCUUCACGUAACUCGUCAAAAUGCACACCUCUGCAUCACCUACCUUACUAAGGAGAAGAAACAGAAAAUAAUGCGACUUGGCAAGAAAAAAGAGAAAGGGGGCGAACAAGAAGUGGGACGCACCCAGACAGUGGACGGUGUGGCCAGACUCAUCUGCUCCGCAAAGAGCUCGCACAAUCAACCACUCAAAGUAUUUAUCGACGGAACAGAGUGGAAUGGGGUUAAAUUUUUCCAACUGUCGACACAGUGGCAGACGCACGUCAAGACCUUCCCCGUGGCGACCUGCGGAGCUCCCCUCGCCCCUCCAGAGACCUAAGGGCGCGUUGAUCUUUUAUCGGUAUUUCUCGCUUUUGCUUCAAAGGGGCCGAUGUCGCUCGAUCGUCAAACGUUGGUUGGCAGGUUUGACGGUACGUAGUCUCGCAACGGUCCACCUCCGGAUGCAUUCCGGUCGAAUCAGGGCUCUAAAUAAAGUCGAACUGUAUUAGGCUUGUCGAUAUUUAUCAUUACAAUGACUUGCUACAUAAUUGUAUUAUCAUUUCAAUAUCGAUAUUUAUUAAAUUGUCGAGCUGCCAUUGUAUUGUAGGAGCGUAGUGGUGUAGCUUUUGUUGUGUAGCUUGGGUUAUAUCGACAACGUCGCGGGGCUACUAUUAAAUGUUGAAACAUUUAUUUGAAAAUUAAAUUUGUUAUUUUAUCAAAUAAUAUUAUUUACAUUAACUGUCAUAACAAUGAGUUGCAGUUAUGUGUGAUGUUUAAUAAAUUUUAUAUCAAUAUGGUAAUAUGUAAUUAUUAUCGACUGUGUAAACGCAUGCUACGCAGUUUUUAUACGCUAUAUAUUAUUCAAGUUACAUAAUAAAGGCUCAAUAACCACAAUAACUAUUUCGUUAUAGUCAUUAAAUGUUAGUAUUAAAUUUUAAUGUAAUCGUAGAUGUUUGUGUACUCGGUGUAUAUCGAUGAAUAAUGGUUCGUGACAUUUCCAACAAUAUAUUAUGUAGUAUAGUAUAGUAUCGGCGCAUGGAGAAACGUAUUGUUUCGAUAAGUUUCGACACAUAUCAAGUGUGUAAAAGAGCGGAGGAAAAUGUAUUUUUUUUUGUAUUGUCUGUGAUUCAUGAAUGUGUUUUAAUUCUUUUAUAACGGAAGAGAGACGUCGUGGUGCAUUCAUGUUUUUAUUUUACAUAGCAGCUAAGGUAGGGCGUUUUUAAUUUUAUACGUCAACUCUAGAUUUUGCAUUGUUGAGAUUAUACAAUAUCUUCCUAAUUGUUUUUUUUUUAUCGCUUAGAAUUUUUUAGAUAUUACAUACUUUAAAAAUUCCGAGCCAUUUCGUGAAUUUAUAUACAUUCGAUUAGCUACCGUGUUACUAUUUCUAAAAAUAAUAUCCAGCAAUGUAGAUUAACUUUUAAUUAUUCGAUUUCUAAUGUAGCUCAUGUAUGUACUAAGAAUAAAGUACAAAUACCAUUUGGAAUAAAUACAACAAUCUCCGUAGGCUUAGAGAAAAAACUAAAUAAAAAAUCACUAUUUUACUUUGAUACUUUGGAUUACUAAAAAUAGAGUCAUACAACAUAUAUUGAUAAAGAAUUGAACUGUAUACAUAACACCAAUUCACUUACACUAAAUAAACAUGAGUGUUAAAUAAAGACUAGUUACUUUCUUGAACAUACCGUAAUGAAUAAACAGACUGUUCUGAAUCAAUAAUAUUGCUGUAGACAAGUUAGGUGAAUAUUGAAUAAGAAUGAUAUGUAGACAUAUCGAGUAUGUGUUAGUACCUAAAUUAGUGCUGUUCGUCAGUAUUAUUCAUGUUCUAUGAUAUCGAUAUGAUCGCUCAACAUUCGAUGUAAAUUGUAUCUCUAUUUCAUUCACCGAUGUCAAAUCAACGUAAAAAAAGAUAAGUUACUUAAACUCAAGUUCUUGUUUGAGUUAAUUAAUUUAUGCUUUUUACAUGUAAUUUUCUAUUAUUAUUUCUACAUCGAAUGUUUGUCGAUUAUAAAAAUGUGUAGUUCAAGCAACAAAACAAAAAAGCACUUAUCUGUGUGAGAGAAGGAUAGAGCUUGAUAACCAACAGAUAAGACAGAAGUUUUAAUACGCUUUGGGCAAUAAAUAAUUUAAGCUUCGGUGUGAAAAGCUUAAAUGUAAUAAUUGAUUACGCUGGUAGAAUAAGAUUUUAGUGUAAGUCUUUUCACAAUUUUAGAUGCCGUCUGAAUUUAUCGAUACGACACAGUCAUUUGGAAUGCCAAUUAGUAUUUUUUAUUUGUUAGGUAAGACGGUCAGCUGUUAUGGAAGCUCAUAGAUGAUUAGAACAUGAUUAUUGUCGAUGCAGGAUCCUUUACAUUGUAAUAACCAUUUUCCCGUCUUUCACAGCGCACCAUAGGUUUCGCGACCGGAAUAGAAAUAGCAGGUUGGUGGUGUCGACCUGUGCAGGCUCACUUAAAACACCCCCAUAUCAAAAAUGAAACUGAUGUAAUCUGCUAUCUCUUUCUCUCCCAAUGAUUAAGUGUAAAAAACUAUGUGCGAAUUUUAUCAAUUCAGAACACGUCCGGUGCAUUCGUAUGAAGCGAUGCACCGGUGUUCGAAUCCCGCAGGCGGGUACCAAUUUUUCUAAUGAAAUACAUACUCAACAAAUGUUCACGAUUGACUUCCACAGUGAAGGAAUAACAUCGUGUAAUAAAAAUCAAACCAGCAAAAUUAUAAUUUGCGUAAUCACUGGCGGUAGGACCUCUUGGGAGUCCGCACGGGUAGGUACCACCACCCCGCCUGUUUCCGCCGUGGAAAAUUAUUCAUAAACUAAGCUCUUUCAAAUUUGUAAUUUUUUCUUUAAAACUUUCUAUCGUCUAGUGACAUCUACUGUCUACCGACAUUAAUUAUUGUUUUUGUUUUCUGUCGUAUCGAAAAAAAUCAGUUGGAAAAUUAAUGCAUGAAAUAUAUCCGUUGUAUCUUAUGUAGGCAUUUGCCUACUUUAUACCUAUUACCGUGUCAUAACCAAUGUAUUAAUAAUUAAUAAUAGCAUGCCAGAAAACGUUAUUAAUUUUUUUCUGUUUAUUUAAAAUGGGGAAGUUAUUGAUUUAAUUAAACAAACCUCGUUUCAUAAAAGGGAAUCGAUAACUUGAUUUAAUUUCUAAAAUGCUAUAAUUUAUUGAGAGUAUAAGAAUGUGUUUUUGGUUUGAUCAAAAAUUAACGUUCCCAGGAGUGAUCUCAAUGCUGCCGAAUACUAAGACAGCUUUUAUUUCGUUCUCUAAAAGUCUUGGUUUUAUUAAUUUAACUUGUAUUAAUGAAAUCAUCACAAAUCGCCCACUAUGAUGGCUAAUUAUUUUAAUUCCUUUAAAUGUAUUAAGUUAUAAAAUUAGUACAAAGUAUCUAAAAUAAUUAUAAUGUGUAAUCAUUUUAAAAGCAAUGCAAAAAAGACUGCAAUAUUUUGUAAAUUUUUGGCAAUGUUUAAAUUCAUUACAGAGCUCACUUGUCUGUCUAUGAAUUAUAUUUCUUUUCUUCUCUUUGAGUGAUGUGAUGAGAUUAAAUUUUAUUCUGGUUUGCAAGUAUGAUUUGUAUUUAUUGUACAAAUAAAAAAUUGCAUUAAAUAA